AUGACUAUCAAUUCACCUGUGUUGGCAGGUAAUUGGUUGUUUUGGUCGACGUUCGAAGAGUUUGUGACACCGACAUUUGUGUUACAGAAAUAUAAUGGACCGAUUUGGUGGACUGAGAAAUACAGAAUACUGAUGAUGAUCGAAGGUUGCAAUAACAAUGGUUAUCAGAUUGCAUUUUCAUCGACCAGAGAGGAUAUCGUUGGCAAUUGGGAGAUUAUUAUAGCUGUCUAUCAAGAUAAAGUGGAAAAGACAGGUCUAUCACAGUUCUCAGAGAGUUAUCUGCUGAAUCUCAUGAAGAAACUCGCAAAGAAGAUGGCGAAACUCGAAGAGUUGAAUAGUAAGAGAUUGAAACUAUCUGGUGAUUCAGCGAUAACAGUACCGCAACCAUCUUCAUCACCAACAACAACAACAUCCUUUACAACAACAACAACAACAAACGAACAACACGAAUCAUCAUCAUCAUCAUCAUCACCAAAUAACUCAUUUAACAAUCUAUCUAUUUCAUCAUCAUAUAACUUUGUAAUGCCAUCGAAUAUGGCGAUUGUAUCAACAAUGAACGAAGCAAACGAAAAGUCAUCGAUUAAACUUGGAAAUCAACGUAGAAUAGCGACGUUGUUCAAGGCAUUGUAUCAUAUCGAUCCUAUCACCAUCUUGGAGCGUACCUACGCCAAGAAAUAUGAGGACGACGAAUGGGUAGAGUGGGCAGACGAACGCACCGGAAUGCGACCGAUACACAUCGCCGUCGAGAAGAUGGAUAUCGCACUGAUAAAACGUCCAGGGCUGGUCACCGCUACACUUUGCUUCGUACGCGGGCAAUCUCGACAUCUGUCACCUGCUGAUAGAACAGGGCAAUGCAGCGGUGCUCUCAAUCUCCAAGGACGGCACGCUGCCACUCCACUAUUUGGCGCGACACUCGUUCGAGAAGGCACAAUCCGUAAAAUUCCUACAGAUUCUCCAGCUGCUGCUUGA